AUGAUGUUUGGACCUCCAAUUAAUGGUUUAAUUUCUGUUUUAAAUCCUUUGGUAACUUUAUUAACUGUUAAAAAUUAUAGAAGACUUAUUUUUAAAUGUAAUAGUGCAAAUAUCUCAAUUACUACUAAUAAUCAAAUAGCACAUACAGCAUUUUCAAAUAAAAAUAAUGUUAUUGUACCUCAAUGA